AUGAUCGGGAGCGUUUUUAGUGGCCUUGACUAUCGUGGACAAAAUGCAAAGUUUUACUUACAAAAGAACGCAUACUUCAAACUAGAUACGAAUGGAUACGUAAUUGUGGCUGGCCCACUUGAUCGGGAUGAUAAUCCAUCUCUCUGCCAAGAACCAGGCUAUCCAGAGUUAUGCAUCUGGAGCAGCUUACUGGUUGAUAACAGUGGUCAAUAUCUGCCUUUGAGGAUAAUAGUCGACGACGUCAACGAUAAUGUCCCAUUCUGGCCAUUAGAUCUUAUCGUACUGACGGUGCAAGAGAACACUGUUUCUGAAGUUACGUUGGAAUUGUCACCGGCACGCGAUCCUGACUAUGGUAGGAAUGGAAUUAAAAAGUACAAGCUGGAGACAACAGCUGAAGACAGCUAUUAUUUUGCUCUGAAGAUGACCCCUAUCUUGUCUAAACCAAAACGGAAAAUACGGACAAGGCUGAAGGACACUUCCUCAACUGAGUCUCACGAUGGGAAAAAUCAGGAUGUGGGUAUGCCGUGUUUGGUUGUGCUGCGAUCGCUCGAUCGAGAGAACAAACCCUGGCACAACCUCACACUUUUUGCGAUCGACGGUAGUCCCCCCUACCAUACCGGUAGUCUUUUGAUUUCCAUCAAAGUGGGCGACGAAAACGAUCACUCACCUAGUUUUCAGCACGAAAAGUAUAAAGCUUACUUACCGGAAACUGCACCAGUUGGAAGUAUUGUUGCUUUACACACGGCUGACAAAUUCACCUAUCAGGACGGUCGUCAGUCGGACGACGAUGGGACGUUCGCCUCAAAAGUCGGCGACGGCACUACAGUGGAGCAUUUCUCCGCCACUGACAAGGACGAGGGCAUUAAUGGGAGAGUUCACUAUUCCUUUGCCAGGUCAACACCCAGUGAGAUUCAAAAGACUUUUGCUCUUGAAAGUCUUUCGGGAAAAUUGCGUGUCAUGCGGCCACUGAGUUACGACGAUGGGCCAAAAGCGUGGACUUUUCAAAUUGUAGCCAGUGACGGUGGACGGCCAACCAGGUCUGCCGUGGCCGAGGUUACCAUUGAACUGGAAGAUACCAACAACCAUGCGCCCAGCAUCCGUGUUCAGUCGCCGUCCGUAUACGAACGGUCCAACGACACUGAGGUUCCUCUGCUAGAAGAAGAGUCCCGCUCCGUGCUGUCAAUUCCCGAAAAUGUAAAUAUGACUCUGAAGCACUUGCUGACCAUCACAGUGCAAGAUCGUGAUACAGGCGUGGGGGGCGAAUUUACUUGCAUACUUCGCUCACCCAGUGGAAUUGUCUCAUCAUCAGAUUCUUCUGAAGAGGAAUCUGCUGUCGCAAAUUCAGGAAUGUUUCAACUCAAGUUGAAAGGCAAGGUUCCACAGGUUAAUAUCUACAACCUCUUCGCCGUGGGAACAUUUGACAGAGAGAAGACACCCACUGUGCCUUUGUGGAUAGUCUGCCAGGAUAAGGGAAAACCGCGACUCACAUCCAGCCAACUCAUACAAGUUGUCAUACUCGACGAAAACGACAAUGCGCCGCAGUUUGAAUUUCCAUUUUACAAGUUGACUGUAAGUGAUCUACCUCCAAGGAAAGAGCAUACAACCUCAUAG